GGGUGGGGGUGUGUGGAAGGAGAUGCCGCUCCUUCCGGCGCCGGCUGCUCUCCUUUUCCCGCCGUGAGAAACUGGAUGGCUUCUAAUGCGAAUCUCAAGCUGCACAAAGGAAUUCUGCUGGAGGACGGCAUGCCAGCUGCAAAGAAGCCUAGGAAACUCCUGCCAAGUUUAAAAUGCAAAAAGCCCCAGGAUCUAGUCCUAGUGAUUGGAACAGGCAUCAGUGCAGCAGUGGCUCCCCAAGUGCCAGCCUUGAAGUCUUGGAAGGGCUUAAUCCAGGCCCUGCUGGAUGCUGCGAUUGAUUUCGACCUACUAGAAGAGGAGGAGAGGAGAAAAUUUCAGAAGUGUCUUGAGGACAAUAAAAACCUCAUCCAUGUUGCUCAUGAUCUGAUCCAGAAACUGUCCCCUCGCACAAGCAAUGUCCGUUCUUCUUUCUUCAAAGACUGCUUGUAUGAGGUCUUUGAUGACCUGGAGUCCAAGAUGGAAGACACGGGGAAGCGGCUCCUGAGGUCAGUUCUUCAUCUGAUGGAAGACGGCGCCCUUGUUCUGACCACCAACUUCGAUAACUUGCUGGAAAUUUAUGCAGCUGAUCAAGGGAAGCAGCUUGAAUCUCUUGACCUCACUGAUGAGAAAAAGGUCCUUGAGUGGGCACAGGAGAAGAGGAAGCUGAGUGUUCUUCAUAUCCAUGGAGUCUACACAAAUCCCAGCGGAAUAGUGCUUCAUCCUGCUGGUUACCAGAACGUCCUACGCAACGUGGAAGUUAUGCGGGAGAUCCAGAAGUUGUACGAAGCCAAAUCUUUCCUGUUCUUAGGCUGUGGUUGGACUGUGGAUGAUACAACCUUCCAAGCCCUCUUCCUUGAAGCUGUGAAACACAAAUCAGAUCUGGAGCAUUUUAUGCUUGUGCGUCGUGGAGAUGUGGAUGAAUUUAAGAAGCUCCGAGAGAACAUGCUUGACAAAGGGAUUAAGGUCAUCUCCUAUGGGGAGGAAUACUCGGACUUGCCAGAAUAUUUUGAGAGACUGACAAAUGAGAUCUCCAACUUGAAUCAAGCAGGUUCACGACAGGGGGGACAACUGAAUGGCACAAAUACUGUGCGCAUUGAAAACAAAGAGAUUGGACCAACUGGAUGAGACCUACAGGACACAUUGAUAUUGUUCCUGAUUAAUUAACACAGAAAAACACUCCUGAUCGUUUAAUAGACCCUGAUGCUGAGGAACAGGAAGUACAUUCCACGACGUUUUCCCAGUUCUGUUCAUUACAAGAUCCCCUUGUGGAAAAAAUAACUAGCCUGUUUAAGCAUUGAGAAUCCUUAGGGGACGAGAGGUAUCACUUCUGCUGAGAUGCAUGGAGGAUCUGUAUUUCAUUUACAGACUGGUCCUCUCACCCAUCCCGCUUACAAGAGAGAGUUUCUCAAAAGCUGCCGUUAAGUUACCACUCCGUAAACCUGGGGUUCUACUAGAAGUAUGUACGGUUGAGAUAAUUGGUGGUUUGCCAUAUGGUGGUAAACUCGAACCUGUGCCUUUUCAGUCUUCUGGGAGCUAGAAGUUAAUCCUGUUCACCAUUUUGUGUGGUUCCCAGCCAGCCUUUUUUAUAUGAUUCUCCAUAUUCUUAGAAUGUCUCCCCCAUCAGUAAGGACAGACAACAACUGAAGAUACUCGAGGAGUAACUGAGAACACUUGGCAUGUUGCCAGAGCAAGUGGCAUGCAGGUCCUGUAGUUAUAUGACUGCAUGGCUGGCUGAGGAAUUCUGGGAAUUGAAGUCCAUACAACUUAAUGUUGCUAAAGUGUGGAUACACUAUAGUAGAUUAAGCCAUUAUAUCUCCUUCCAAGAGAUUUUUCCAGAGAUGAAGACAUGUUUAUUCAAUCUGAUCUCAUUUUCUAUUUAGGUUUUGUGUAAAAAAAAAAAUCCUGUCAAAAUUGAGUUUAUUACCUCUACUUUGAUAUUCUGUAAAAAUUUAGACUGAGCCACAUGAACAUUUUAAAAAAAAGUGAAGGUCUAAUUUUCUAAAUUUUAUACUUUGUAUAAAUUUGAACCUGGGAUUUUUAAAACCGUUUAUCUGUCUCUGAUUUACAUGAGCUGUGUGUAAAUUAUGGCUGCUAAUCAUGAUGAUAAUCAGCCUAAUAUGCAUACAGUACUUUUGGUUGACUAACUCAUGGUUUACAUAGCUACCCAAAUUCUGGGUUGGCACAAUAGUGUACUAAAAUAAUAGUUGACUAAUUUGUGGUUUACCUGUUCGAUGACUGCUGGUCUGAAGCUAGCUCAGCUUGACUUAUUUAACUAUGUUUUGUCUCCUUUUUUAUAUCACUAAAUUGUGAUCUUUUAAAGUUGUUUACUGAUCAAUCUAACCUGAUAGUUUGUAUAUGACACUAAGCCAAAAAUAAAUCAAAUGAAGGGUU